UGUUGGCUCCAGUGGGGGAUGUUGUCUCCAGUGGGGGAUGUUGGCUCCAGCGGGGUCUGAUGUGUCCACGGGGCUGACGGGUCCAACCCAACGGGGAUGUCCCGUGGGUGCCCCACAGCCAGCAGAGGAGAAGGCGCAGCUGCUGCAGAACAGCGAGUACCAGGAGCGCAUGGUGGAGUCCACCUUCCUGUACCUGACCCUGGACCUGCCCACGGCGCCGCUCUACAAGGACGAGAAGGAGCAGCUCAUCAUCCCCCAGGUGCCCCUGUUCAGCAUCCUGGCCAAGUUCAACGGCAGCACCGAGAAGGAGUACAAGACCUACAAGGAGAACUUCCUGAAGCGUUUCCAGCUGACACGCCUGCCCCCCUACCUCAUCUUCUGCAUCAAGCGCUUCACCAAGAACAACUUCUUUGUGGAGAAGAACCCCACCAUCGUCAACUUCCCCAUCACGAACGUGGACCUGCGGGAAUACCUGUCGGAGGAGGUGCAGGCUGCGCACUCCCACACCACCUACGACCUCAUCGCCAACAUCGUGCACGACGGGAAGCCCUCAGAGGGCUCCUACCGCAUCCACGUCCUGCACCACGGCACAGGCAAGUGGUACGAGCUGCAGGACCUGCAGGUGACCGACAUCCUGCCCCAGAUGAUCACCCUGUCUGAGGCCUACAUCCAGAUCUGGAAGCGACGCGAGGAGGACGAGACAAACCAACAAGGCGCCUGAGACCCUGGGGGACACCCAGCAACCCCUUUGGGGACACCCCCAGCUGCCCCUCGUGGGUAUCCCCAUCCCCCUACGGAUACCCUGAGCACCCCAAGAUCCCUCAUAGACACCCAGAGACUCGCAGGGACACCCACAGCCCACCUGUGACACCCCCAUUCUCCCCGGGGUCACCCAGAGGGCUCCAGGGGAACACCCAGAGACCCCCUGGGGACACCUGCAGCCACCCCUGGAGGUGUGUGUUCCAGUAAAUGCCACCCACUAUUUUUGUAACUCA